AUGGUUUUCAGUCCCGCUACGGCAGGUUCCUCACAGAAAACGGCCUGGUUGAGCGAGUCGACGGCGCCUCUUUGCGGAGAAUGUUCCUACCCAAGAUCACACCUGAAGGGAAAAAAGCAGCUGAGAGAUAGUCCAAACUUUGUUCGCGGCCAGUUGCAGCAUUAUGGGGUGUCCUUUGAUGAAAGCCAGCUCUCUGGUAACGGAACGAUGCUGUUGAAGCGGUUCCUCGAAGCGGGGAAGUGUGAUACCGUUCCUGCACAUAUUAUAUCGCUGCAAGAGCAGAUGCACCGCGAGUGGAUCGAUACGCAGGACACAGAGUAUAUUGCAGGCCAUCCAGACUUGGUUAUGGAUGCAUACUUCUUGCGAGCGGGCGACAGACAACCAGACCGCACGAAAACGACCACUGUCGUUGCCAUGCCGUAUCCUCUACAAAGCGAAUAUCGUAUUGGGCAGAUGCAAGAAGCCGCUGGAAAGGUUUCCGGUCUGUAUCAAGAGACGGCUCGGGGCUGCAUAACACAGACUGCUUUUAUGGGCUGGAACAGUGCCGCAGUGAAGAAAGCGGCUAAAGGUCAUGUUGCUAAGGAGAAGAAGGAAUUUGAGGCAGAAAAGAAGAGACUUAAGGAGGAGGAAGAUAAACUAGUGGCUGAGAAAACAGAGGAGCACAAUGAGUACCUCAAAUCACUGAAAAAGAAGAAGACGAACCCGUCGCCCGUUGGGGGCUACAUUAUUGAUUGCGAAGAAAUCGAAGACAACUGA